GUCUUCAGGAGGAUGUGGCUACAGAACCUGCUUCUCCUGGGCACUGUGGUCUGCAGCAUCUCCGCACCCACCCGUCCACCCAGCCCUGUUACCCGGCCCUUUCAACAUGUGGAUGCCAUCAAGGAGGCCCUGAGCAUUCUGAACCACAGUAAUGACACCGCUGAUAUGAUGAAUGAAACUGUAGAAGUCGUCUCUGAAAUCUUUGACCCCCAGGAGCCGACAUGUGUGCAGACCCGCCUGAAGCUGUACACACAGGGCUUGCGGGGCAGCCUCACCAGGCUCAAGGGCCCCUUAACCAUGAUGGCCAGCUACUAUGAGCAGCACUGUCCCCGUACCCUGGAAACUUCCUGUGCAACCCAGAUUAUCACCUUGAAGAAUUUCAAGAAGAACCUGCAUGACUUUCUACUUAACAUCCCCUUUGACUGCUGGGAGCAAGUGCAGAAGUGAGGCAGACCAGUUCCAGAGCUAGCCCUGGGAGCUUACCUCACAGACCACUGCCCUCCCACCCACAAGGAGCCCAAGAAAACUCAGCGCUUGCCUAAGAUCUUCACCUUAGAGGGACCACAGGGUGGACCUGUGCCACGGGGGCCACAGAUUUGCUCUGAGCCAUGCUGACCCAUACGGGUGUGCUAGAAGGGAGGAAAUUUUUACA